CUAGCCACAGUGAUCGCUCGCGUUACGCUCUUUCGUCAUGUCUUUGACACACAGUGGAUAUGGUCGCGCUGUGUUCGCCUGUAUGUGAUGUGUUGCGUAAUGUGAUGUGUCAGUGUUGCCAGUAAGCUUGAAUGGUUCAGCGACUGCCUGGUUGGCGAUCUCGUUCUGUUUGUGCGUGUCUGUAUUUUAUUCUUAUUCUUAUUUUAGUUUCUUUCUCUUGUGUUCUGAGAGUUAUCAGGAGAGUGUCGAUUAGUUUGUAGUGACAGCCAAUUUCUGUUAUUUCGAGAGUGUUUGUAGUUUCGCAAGGCUGAAGAGUUACUGGCUGCUAUGUGAGUGAGUGAAUGAGUGAGUGAGUUGUAGCUUCACGGGUUGCGCCUUUGAACAUAUUGGCUCGGAGAAUUUAGGGUUUCAUGCUGUGAUGAUUGGGGUUUUGCUUCGUUAAGCGCGGUGGUUUAGGAGUAGCGCAAUGUAACUUCACGGCUCAACUCGUUGUUAUUCACUUUGAGUGAAAACAGGACUUUGGAAGCCGUCGUGUAACAGAGGUAUGGCGGCAACAAAUCGCAUUAACUUGCCUCCUAAUCAGCAAUUUUCCCCACUUCUCCUACCAGAGAAACAUGCUGCAGAUGCGACUCAGGAAUGCGAUGAAGAGUUUGAUUUCUCAGAUGUCUUUGGUCCUGCGCCACCACAUCCUAUUCCUCAACUGCCCCCUGUUGCCGAGAAUGAAGACGCUACUGAGUGGUGUUCUGAGCUCCGGCAGGAUCCUGUGGUCGUGUACUCCCGGUCUCACUCUCUUGUUGGGCCAUCUCCAAAACCGAGUCUGAGCAGAGUACAGGGCAAACCAUUGUUGGACGAGGCGGAUUGUUCCUCGCCAGCUAGUGGCGCUGCCAGUGCUCCGUCUACUGUGAAGGGGGUUAAUGAACUGGCUUGUCAAGUGACAGGGUUGGUGCUUAGUGAUUCCGGGGACAGUGAAAGUGAGCGAGAAGGCGAUGAUCAAGUACAGAAAGAUCCUGACAGUGGCAACGGAGUGGAGAAAUUGGGACCUCAAGAUUUCGAGCUUCUCAGAGUCGUUGGACAGGGAGCAUUCGGUAAAGUAUUUCAGGUUCAGAAAAUAGGCACUUCUGAGAUUUAUGCCAUGAAAGUGAUGAGAAAGCAAAAUAUCUUAAAGAAAAACCAAGGUAGUUACAUGAAGGCGGAAAGGGAUAUUCUCACCAAGGUGGUUCACCCUUACAUCGUCCAAUUGCGGUACUCUUUUCAGACAAGAUCUAAGCUCUACCUGGUUCUUGACUUCAUCAAUGGUGGACAUCUUUUUUUUCAGCUAUAUCGGCAGGGUACCUUCAGUGAGGAUCUGGCACGUAUGUACACUGCAGAGAUAGUGUUGGCUCUGGCGCACCUUCACAAGAACGGAAUCAUACACCGGGAUCUGAAGCCUGAAAACAUCCUUCUAGAUGCCGAGGGGCAUGUAAUGCUGACUGACUUUGGACUAGCUAAGGAGGUGAAGGAAGACAGUCCAUCUAAAUCACUUUGUGGGACUAUGGAGUACAUGGCACCUGAGAUUGUUCAACACAAGGGGCAUGGAAAAGCAGCUGAUUGGUGGAGUGUUGGUAUUCUUUUGUACGAGAUGCUCACUGGCGAGCCUCCGUUCGCAAACAAUAAUAGGCAGAAAUUGCAAGAGAAGAUAGUUAAAGACAAGAUCAAGUUACCAACAUACUUGACCAGUGACGCCAACAACCUCCUGAAAGGGGUAAAUAUCUCUUACAGAAGGACCCGAAUAAGCGACUUGGAAGUGGACCCAACGGAAGUGAUGACAUCAAACAGCACAAGUGGUUCAAAUCUAUCAACUGGCGUAAGCUUGAAAUGCGUCAAGUAACACCCAAGUUUGUUCCAAUUGUUAGUGGCAAGCAAUGUACAGCUAACUUUGAUGAGAUCUGGACAAAGAUGCCGCUUGAUGACUCUCCAGCUGCAACUCCCAAAUCAAGUGAUCUUGAUUUUUUUCAAGGCUACACGUACAUUGCUCCCAAUACGUGGCUGGGCUCAUCAUAGUUGACAAUCGUAUGUUUUGAGGCCUGCACAGGGUUGCACCUCUUCUGUAUUCAUAGUAGUAGGGUUGGAUCAGUUGGAGAAACUUUCUACGCCCUCCUGUGCUGCUCUUUCUUCCCUUCUGCAGAUUUUUUGUAGGGUCAAUUAGAUGUGUCAUUCAACAGACGUUUACACGGGGGACUACCUAGGCAUUAAAGCCUUAGUUUCACAAUCUGCUGUUCCCUUAUGGGACAAUAAGGUAGUCCAAAAUGUUACAAAUACUUUUGUUUUGUAUAUCAGGGAGAGAAUUGCUGAUGCUGAACAUGCCGGACAGAAACGAUUGGACUACACUCAACUUGUUAUUCCUUCACUCAACUUGGAAUUUUGGAGGAACGGCUCCAAGUUUGACUUCCAAAACAUUUUGUAUCUUAUUUAAUCAUUCAAGCUAUAUAUUUGAUUGGAUGAUGAACUUUGGGUUG